AUGGCUAAGGCUUCUCUCCCUCGUGGGUUUCGCCCAGGAGAUCUUCUCCUCGUUGUCCAUGACUUUUCUGCGCGCGGAGAUGAUGAGCUCACUUUGCGACGGGGCGAGAAAAUCGAGCUGGUCGAAUUGGAUGAUGGGUUCGGCGAUGGGUGGUAUUUGGGCAAAGACGUCAAGACUGGAGUGACCGGCCUAUUCCCUGGAGUCUAUACCACAAAAGCCCCCAAUAUCCUUGUGCGACCUCGGACCGACGACGACUCAGAAAUUAAUGCGCCCAAGCCGCAUGAAGUUGGAGGAACAACGGCUGACCGAGAAGGCACAACACUCGAGACACGCGACCAUGUUUCAACACCCAAAAGCGAGGAUACAACGCCCCAUGCAUCACGGCAUGGUAGCUUGACAGACCUUCGAAGUGCUAAUGAGACUGGCCCUUCUCUCCACGUGCCAAAACAGCAGCAGCAGCAACAACACCGAUCUAGCUCGUCUCCUUUACCUCAGUCUAAGAUGGCCGUCGACAUCCAGCAAUCCAUCCGCCAAACCCUCGACCCUCACAUGAAUGGCCAAGAUAGCCCGGUCAUGAACGAGACCUUGAGUGUAAUUGACGAGCAUAUCACGGAUCUGAGUACCCCACGCCACAGUGUGAAACCCUCCGCAGACCAGAAGACGCUCAAUGAUUCAGCGAGUGAAUACAGUAGCCACUUGGACCAUCGCAUGUCUUUCAUUAAUGGUCAUGAAACUGAUGAGGAGGAAGGGGACCAGCCUUCCGAGGAACAAGUUCGCAAGUGGGGUGUUGAGGAGACCGUCAAACAUUUGCGUGGACUCGGACUGGACGAAAAGCACUGUGAUAUCUUUGAGGAGCAGGAAAUAACAGGAGACGUACUUUUGGACAUGAACCAGGAUUUCAUCAUGAUGAAAGAGUUUGAUUUUGGAGUCAUGGGACGACGUUUGAAGACGUGGCAUAAAAUCAAAGCAUUCCAGGAGGAGACCAAAGGGUACAAGGAACAGCAAUCGCCAACUGUCCGCGGCUCGACUGCUGCAUUCUCAACUACUUCUGAAGAGCGCUCCGCGAGCCGUGCCGGUCAAACCGGUCCACUGCGUCCACGGCCUCCGAAUUACAGGGGAUCAUUUAGUGGUGGUGCUACUCAACAUCCGCGACUGGUUAGCAGUAGUAUGCAGAGUGACACCAGUUCACCCAUCACACCGCAGGCGCCUUCCGUCCCGUUUAUGGACCAUUCCCGCCGUCCUUCCGCUGCAUCGAUCCGCGAGAUCAAUCAUCAGAGGCGUCAUUCAUCCCUGGACGCGACGAGUCGGUAUUCGAUUGCUGCUGGAGAGACGUCUCCGCACGUUGGGUCACAUCACGGGAAGAAGGCAUCUUUUGAUCGCAGUUGGACAAUGUCCCUCGCGGCACAGCGAGCAUCUCCUCGUCCAGGCACGGCCCUCAGCUCCACCAACAAUACUGGUCUGCAACACACUAAUGGACUGGACCCCGACGACUUGGACCGCGGAUACUUCUCGGGACCGGAGUCGGAUACGCGGACGCAACGCAGGGUUCUUCAAAAGCGAGCAUCAGUGAGCGGUAGCGCUCACUCACUGCAGUCAAGCCUGACUGAUGAGCAGAUUCGGGCAAAUCGAAGACAUUCGCGGAUAAGCAGCAUGGAAUCGGUGACAGAUGCGGCAACCCCGAAUGCUUUAAAUCAGGGCACAACGUAUCCCAUACCUUCAAAAGGGCGACUACGAAGCUUGAGCACCCGAAUAUCUGCCCAGCAAAACCCUCGUAAUGCUGGAAUUAAAGGAUCGGGGGGCGGUUUCUUCUCUUCAUUUGGUCCACGGACAGGAAAGCCUGACUCGGACGCCUCGCGGUCAACACCACCGUUACAGCAAAUAAAAAAAGCUGCGCCAAAAUUCCGACGUGCUGUUGGGCUUCGUGCGAUGUCAGAUGCUGCUAGCAAGGGCGCGGACUCGUCUGCCGCCCCAGAAUCUCCAGCAUCCCCUGUACAUGAUACUGACCCUGCCUCUGCACGAACAGGAUCAACUACUCCCUCAACGUCAAAGAGUUCGGACCGGCAUAGCACCGAUGGCUCUGGAAAAGCCGCCGACAGCGGCAUUUCGUUUCCCCGUCCACGUCCCUCUGUCAAGGGGGGAGUGAAAUCGAAGAAGGACACCAGCGCUUACACCCGUGGUCUGGAGAAGAAGACGCCGCAAGAACAGAUGGAAGGCUGCGACUUCUCCGGUUGGAUGAAGAAGCGAUCGUCAAACUUGAUCUCGACCUGGAAACCUCGACUGUUUGUCCUGCGUGGUCGUCGUCUGUCAUACUACUACUCAGAGAAUGAUACCGAGGAAAGAGGUUUGAUUGAUAUCACCUCUCACCGAGUGCUCCGCGCGGACAGCGAUCCUAUCGUCGCACUGCACGCGACCAUCACUGGUGCCACUGUUUCUCCCACAUCACCAGCAGGUAGUACUCCUACUGGCGACGGGUCGAUAUCGGAAAAUGGCUCAACAUCCGAAUCUCAGCAUGGAUCGCGUACGGACAAGGAAGGGCCAUUCUUCUUCAAACUCAUACCGCCUAAGUCGUUGCGUACAGUACAGUUUACGAAGCCCGCGGUUCAUUAUUUCCAGGUGGAUAACGUUAAGGUUGGGCGGCUAUGGAUGGCCGCGCUGAUGAAGGCGACCAUCGAGCGUGAUGUCCACCUUCCAAUCGAGACCACGAACAAACAAAGAACCAUUAGUUUGAAAGAGGCUCAGCUGAUGAAUCAGAGACCCCCUGCUCUUAUGGUUGACGCUCAGAUGCCAGCAGAAGACGCCCCGGCGGAGCCUGCUGCGACCAAGACCGGACUGAUGAUCCAAGGUCUUGACAUGGAACAGGUCGAGUCCCCAGUCGAUAUAGGGGAUUUGAAGCGCUCGUCCAACCCGCUGGGCGACAUCGAUACGGACUCGCCUUCCCUUCUUCCUGAUUCGAUUCGGAACUCUGGAUAA